UAUUGGGUUGCAGAGAGAGAGAUGGCAGCUGUAGCAUCAGGAGCAUCCAUCCGUUAAACACAGGAGCAGCGCAGGCACUGGCCUUGCAUCCUCCACCCUUAACGGGAAGGAGGCACAAUCUUCCCGUCGAAAACAGGGUCUUUUGGGCUCGCCUCCGGGUGGCUUCUUGGUUUCCUUCAGGCAAGGGAUGGAGCACAUCAGAACCCCGAAGGUUGAAAAUGUCCGCAUGCUGGAUCGGGUAUCAUCAAAGAAGGCAUCAGUUGGUACACUAUAUCUGACAGCAACACAUUUGAUUUUUGUGGAGAAUUUGUCUGACUCUCGGAAAGAAACAUGGAUACUUCACAGUCAGAUUUGUGCUGUGGAAAAGCAAGCAACUACUGCAACAGGCUGUCCCCUGCUUAUUCGCUGCAAGAACUUCCAGGUUAUCCAGUUUAUCAUUUCACAAGAAAGAGACUGCCAUGAUAUUUACAUUUCAUUAAUUCGUUUAUCACGUCCAGUUAAGUAUGAAGAAUUAUAUUGCUUCUCGUUUAACCCGAAACAAGAAGGGAAUGAAAGAGAACGCGGCUGGAAUCUUACUGAUCUCAAGGCUGAAUACAAACGCAUGGGUGUUCCUAAUAACUUAUGGCAAGUUUCACAUGCAAAUAGAGACUAUGGGGUUUGUGACACAUACCCUACAGAGUUGUAUGUACCAAAGUCAGUUUCAACACCAGUUAUAGUCGGCAGUUCCAAAUUCAGGAGCAGAGGUCGCUUUCCUGUUCUCUGUUACUUCUGCCAGGACAACAAUGCUGCUAUUUGUAGAAGCAGUCAACCUCUAUCUGGUUUCAGUGCUCGUUGCCUUGAAGAUGAACAGAUGCUUCAGGCCAUCAGGAAGUCAAAUCCCGGAAGUAAUUUCUUGUAUGUUGUUGAUACUCGACCAAAGUUAAAUGCAAUGGCAAAUCGAGCAGCAGGAAAAGGAUAUGAAAAUGAAGACAACUAUUCAAACAUUAAGUUCCAUUUUAUAGGGAUAGAAAACAUCCAUGUCAUGAGAAAUAGUCUACAAAAACUACUGGAUGUCUGUGAGCUUCGAUCUCCUUCUAUGAGUGACUUUUUAUGGGGUUUGGAGAAUUCCGGCUGGUUGAAGCAUAUUAAAGCCAUUAUGGAUGCUGGAAUAUUUAUUGCAAAAGCAGUUGCUGAGGAAGCAGCCAGUGUUUUAGUUCACUGCUCAGAUGGUUGGGAUAGGACAGCACAGGUUUGCUCCAUUGCAGGCCUGCUACUUGACCCAUUUUACAGAACCUUAAAGGGAUUCAUGGUUUUAAUUGAAAAAGAUUGGGUUUCUUUUGGACACAAGUUUAAUCACAGAUACAGUCACUUGGAUGGUGAUCCCAGGGAAGUUUCACCGGUAAUUGAUCAGUUUUUUGACUGUGUCUGGCAGCUGAUGGAACAAUUUCCAUGCGCCUUUGAGUUCAAUGAAAGAUUUCUGGUGCACAUUCAUCAUCAUAUCUACUCUUGCCAAUUUGGCAACUUUAUUUGUAACAGCAAUAAAGAGAGCAAAGAACUAAGAAUUCAGGAGAAAACUCAAUCACUAUGGCCUCAUCUAUGGAAAAACGGUGUCGAUUACAAGAAUCCCCUCUACAGGCAAAACCAUAGUCAGACUCAGGGAGUUCUGAGACCGCACACAGCUCCAUCUAACUUCAGGUUUUGGAGAAGCAUGUACAAUAGAUUUGAAAAAGGCAUGCAUCCUCGACAGUCUGUUACAGAAUUCUUGAUGGCUGUGAAGGAGGAAACCCAGCAGCUGGAAGAUGAACUUGAAAUACUGGAGGAGCAGAAGUUAGGAAGACUGGAUCAAUCUCAGCUGAGAAACAGACAAGUAGAAAUUAAACUGCCUCACAAACUGGAAAUUUCCACUUCUGAUCAAUGUUUAGCUAACACUCCUCAGGAUUACAGUGACAACGGGAAACCAUUUACUUCUUGUAGCCCUUCACAGGCAGAUGAAGAUUCAGAAACUACAAUUCUGACACAUGAUAUGAAGCAUUCAGACACUGAUCUUUCUGGCAAUAGUGACCAGGAGUCAGGUGUUGCUGACUUGAACUGCAGAUCACCAAGUGGUGGAGACUUCCUGUCUAGUGAUGACAACAAAAAUCUGUCAGCAUACUCUGAAGAACUUGCCUUUGCUGUUGCAUGAGAAUCUAGUGCUCCUGCUAUAAUUCAACAUGGGAACAAAUUUUAUAUUAAAUUAUACACUGGUAAAUAAGGGAUUGCAGGUUUUUGGUAUAGUCGUAAUUUAUAAACCAAAUUCCAUCACAAAUGCCAAGAUCAUCAUUUAGAAGAUUCAUUUACUAUUGGAGUUUUCUAGAGAGGUCGAUUGCAAGGAGCAGGAAGCUGACCAACCUGAAGUCAGGCAACUUAUCCAGCAUGUAACCAAUUUCCUGGACAUGAGCAGUACCUAGGUUUCAACUGAUGUGAAAUGAAUCAGCAGAUAGAAGGAUCUGACUGGAGAGUCUACAUAGCGACAAGAAAAUAGUGGUUUAAAACAAUUCUCAUCAAGGGAGCAGCUAGGAUCACCUUUUUAAUUAUAACAGGGUCAAUAGUUGAGUAUAUCUCUAGGUUUUACAUGCUAGUUUUGCUGGAAAGGAAAUAAAUGUACUUGAACACUAUGUACUUUGUGAAUUUUAAAAUUUAAAAGCAAAUUUGGAUUUUCAGUAAAAGCAUAUUUACUGAAAAACCUUCAUGAAAUCAAUUUUACACUUCAGUAAAAUGUCUGCAAAGAAAAUUCAGAUAAAAAUUAAAACAUGAAUGUGAAGUGUCAAAAACAUGCCCGUGUAUCUUCAAAAAAAAUUUAUUCUAUUUUUAAAAAAUUCUCCAG